AUGACGUCGGAGGGGAAUGUUACUACAAAGGACAAAGGGAAAAAUAUAAUUGAAGGUUCGGUAUUCGGCGAGGGUAGUCGUAUUGCAAACAGAGGGAAGAGUAAGAACAAAGUGCAGGGGAAAGGUGUGACUGAUACAUCUGAUUUUGUGGAGAAUAGUCCUCGAGUAACUAGAGGUAGCGUAAAGGGAAAGGCCAAACUGAAUGAAGGUGUUGCACAACUGAAUGAAGUUCGUACGAAGUAUCGGAAUGAUCCAACAUUGUUAGCUUUUAAGCGAUCGUUACUUGGGGGUAAGAUUUUGAAGAGGAAGUUGAGUGAGACGUCGGGUAAAGAUGUUACUGGUAGUUCGGUUGUCCCUUCUAUCAGAGUCGUGCCGCCGGUAGCCCCUGCCAAGAGGACCAGGAUUGACAAGCGUAAGCUUGAUGUAGAAAAUUACACGAAGUUAGAGGUGAAGAAAUAUGAUGAUUACCCGUCUCUAUACAUUAGGAGCACGCCAUGCGUUCUAUUGAAAGUUGUCAAUGAAAUGAACGACGUUCAGAAACAGGUUGUGAAGUCUUUGGGCUUUGGUCAUGUGCUUAAUCUUACAAUCCAAGAGAUGCCUAGUAAGCUAGAUUACUGGGUGCUUGAUCACUUCCAUGCCCGAAGGUCGGAGAUCAUGUUUCCAUGUGGGAAGUCAAUUGAAGUGAUUGAGGAAGAUGCGUAUCGCAUGCUCGGGUUUCCUCGUGGUGGUAGACCGGUGGAUCUUCUGGAAAAAUAUGAGACUACCGACUUGUAUGACGAGUGGGUAAGCUGUUUUCCAGAUAAACAGCGUAAAACUAUAAAAAUCAGUGAUGUGAAAGACGCUAUGUUAGCUUCUGUAGAUGGGGGCCGAUGGUUUAAGGUGCAUUUUUUAGUGAUGGUGACACAUUGCCUUAUUUCGAGUUCGAUGCAUAGAUCUGUCAUUCCUAGGGUUAUUAAGAGCCUUGAUGACUUGACGGUUGUUCGUGACUUGAACUGGUGUGCGUAUGUAGCUGAUUCUUUGAUCGAUAGCAAAGAUGCUUUAUGUGGAUAGGGUAACAUGGGCAAGAACAAGUGUAAGGAGGAGCUUUCCUUUAUUAAUAAAUUGGUGCACAAAAACACUGAGAGACAGGGAACUUGCUGAGAUACAUUGUGGCAAGUUUGGUGACGGAAUUGUUCUUGACCCAAUUGAAAUUAUGGAUGAUGAUGGGGAGAGAGACAGAGAUGUUGUUGGUG